GCCACGCGACGAGACGCGUUUCUGCGCGAGAAGAAAAAAGACGAGAGAUGAGCGACGAGUCGCCCUUGUGCACGCCACGCGUCACGUGCACGCGCCACGCCGAUUGAACGCCGCCGCCGCCGCCGCGAGCGACUCGACUUUUUCCCCGCGAGAGCGGGCGCAGAAGAACGCGAAAAACAAGAAAAGAAGAAAAAAAAGUGUUGUUGGCAAAGACGGAGAUGACGAGCACGAGCAGCCCCGACGAGCGUGCGCGCGAGGGACAGGACGCUCAAAGCAAAGAGGAUUUGGAGCUGGCGUCGGCGUACGUUUCGGACGCUCAAUACAACAGGAACAUCUUCUUCGACACGUCGCCGCCGGCCGUCCGCUUGUAUCUGCUCUACAACCGGCAACUGGCUCAGGUGCUGCUUUACUUCUUCAUCCUGCUGGACUUGAGCUUGGCCGCGUUCGAGGAGCCCGCCGUCGUGCCUCUGCCGGCGUGGGCGCCCAUGCUGGCCGAGCUGCUGUGCCUGCACGUGUUCGCCCUGCGACUGGUGCACUACGCCAAGGUCAUCCCGCGAGACAAGUUCUGGAAGGACCCCAAGAACAUCUGCAUGAUCGCCAUCUUGGCGCUGACGCUCGCCGACAUGAUCAUCUACGGCGCUCUGCACGCCGCCGGCUGUUACGCCCUGCGCUGGUCGCGAGUGCUGCGACCGCUCCUAUUGGUCAACGUGACGGAAGGGCGGCAGCUGCGCAGGGCCUUCCGAAGCAUCCGCAACGCCCUCCCGCAGAUCUUCACCGUCUUCCUGCUCUUCAUCUUCAGCAUCCUCAUCUUCUCGCUGAUGGCGCUCAAACUCUUCAGCAAGCGAGACCUGAAGACGUCGGACGGGUCGCCGUACUUCUCCAACUACGCCGACGCGGUGUUCGACCUCUACGUGCUGGUCACCACGGCCAACAGCCCCGACGUCAUGAUGCCGGCGUACGACGCCGGCUCUGCCUUCGCCGUCUUCUUCAUCGUCUACAUCCUGGUCAACACCUUCAUCUUCAUGUCCGUCUUCCUCGCCGUGGUCUUCAACAACUACAAGAAGUACUUGAAGGAGGAGGUGCGGCAGCUGGUUCGGGCCAAGCGGCACAAGAUGGCGCGGGCCUUCGCCGUGCUGCAGGAACGUCGCGAGGACGACGGCGGCGGCGGCGGCGGCGAGCCGCUGGUCAGCCGCGCCAACUGGAGCCGCCUCGUCCGAUUGGUGCAGCCCGACAUUAGCCACGCCCACACCGAACUGCUGUGGAGCGUCUCGGACGACCGCGGCCGCGGCGCCAUAGACAAGCGGGCGUUCGUCCAGCUGGCCGACCUGCUCAACAUCCAAGUGAUGACGCUCAAGUCCAGGCCGCACCCGCUGGGCCGCCUGUGCCCCGCCUUCUACCGCUCGGCGCCCAGCCGCCUCCUCCGCCGAUUGGUCCGGCACAGGGCCUUCGCCGCGGCGUACGACCUGAUCAUCGUGAUCAACGCGGUGUUCAUCGGGCUGGACGAGGACAAGCCCGGCGUGGGCGACGCCGAGUGGGCCUUCCUGGCGCUCUACCUGCUGGAGAUCCUCCUCAAGCUCUACGUCGUCGAGCCCAGGAGCUUCUUUGCCGCGCACCGCUUCUGGAACUGGUUCGACACCAUCAUCGUGGUCUGCGCACUCGUCGCCACCGUCGUCAACGCUGCCCUCGAGUCAUCGGGCGGCUACACCAGCCGCCAGAUCCUGGACAUCGUCUUCAUCCUGCGAGUGCUGCGACUUAUCCGAGUGGUGGACAGCAUCAAGAGGUUCCGCACCAUCAUGAACACCCCCCGACCCCCCCGGCAGGUGGUGUACUACGUGUUCGCCGUGGCGGGCAUGGAGCUGUUCAAGGGCCGGGGGAAAUUCUACGAGGACGCGGGCGACCCGGCCGCCGCCGACUGCGGGAACCCGCUGCUGCGGGGGAGCGUCUUCGCCAGGCUGGGCUACUGCAAGAACAACUUCAACAACGUCGUCAACGCCUUCGUGCUGCUCGUCCAGCUCACCGUGGUCAACCAGUGGCACGUCCUGAGCAGCGGCUUCGCGGCCGUCACGCACAAGGCGGCCAGGAUCUACUUUGUGCUCUUCCACAUCACCGUGGUCAUCAUCAUCAUCAACAUCUUCGUGGCGUUCGUGCUGGAGGCCUUUUUUCUCGAGUACUCGCUGGACAAGAGCGACCUGCACACCGAGCUGGAGAAGAAGAUCGAGGAGCUGCGGCUCGGCGUGGCGCAGGAGGCGGCGGAGGAGGACAACCUGGUGGACGCCAUGGAGACGGCUGACGGCGAGCGGCGGACCCCCGAAGCAUCGGAGAGCGGCGAACCCAAGCUCAUGUUCAAAAUCGCCUCCAAACGGUAUCGAACGGUGGACGCCUUGCUGCAGCGCCUGUUCGAGGCCGACUUGGAGGAGGAGGAGGACGGCGACGGCGACGCCCACGACGCCAACGGGAACUUCGCCAAUCCGUCCUUUGGCGCCGCUUGAAAACAUUUUCGGCAAUA